GUCACAGCAGACAGGGAUAUUCAGAGGAUUAUUACGCACUGUCACCGCAGACAGGGCUAUUCUGAGGAUUAUUACGCACUGUCACCACAGACAGGUAUAUUCAGAGGAUUAUUACGCACUGUCACAGCAGACAGGGAUAUUCAGAGGAUUAUUACACACUGUCACCACAGACAGGGAUAUUCAGAGGAUUAUUACGCACUGUCACCACAGACAGGUAUAUUCAGAGGAUUAUUACACACUGUCACAGCAGACAGGGCUAUUCAGAGGAUUAUUACACACUGUCACCGCAGACAGGGAUAUUCAGAGGAUUAUUACGCACUGUCACCACAGACAGGGAUAUUCAGAGGGUUAUUACGCGCUGUCACCACAGACAGGGAUAUUCAGAGGAUUAUUACGCGCUGUCACCACAGACAGGGAUAUUCAGAGGAUUAUUACACGCACUGUCACCACAGACAGGGAUAUUCAGAGGAUUAUUACACGCACUGUCACCACAGACAGGGCUAUUCAGAGGAUUAUUACGCACCGUCACCCCAGACAGGGCUAUUCAGAGGAUUAUUACGCACCGUCACCCCAGACAGGACUAUUCAGAGGGAUUAUUACGCACCGUCACCCCAGACAGGGCUAUUCAGAGGAUUAUUACGCACCGUCACCCCAGACAGGGCUAUUCAGAGGAUUAUUAUAUGCUGUCACCACAGAGAGAUCUUCGGAGGAUUAUUACACGCGGGAUCCACAGACAGG